AGAGGUGUCAUCAAGAUGCGAGGUCAGAAAUACUACAUUGAACCAUCCAAGAAUUCAUCGUCGCCAUCAUCCAAAAUGCAGACGACAUCAUCUUCUGGCAAACCAUCAUACUCGUCGUCGCACUGGUCGGACUUACUUCGAAGUCGACGUCAUCUCAUCACCAAACUGUCCGCCACAAAUUUCCACUCACCUUCCAACUGUAGCAUUACUG